GAAAACAAAAAUGUGCCCUAUUCUCACCUUAUGUAACAGAAGUAAGGAGUUUAUGAUUAAAAAACUAGCUGCCACUAUAAUCUUUAGGGGAGUGACUCUAUAAGGAAAUGGACGUGAUGUGAACCUUUGCAUCACACAAAAGAAUACUUAGAAGUUGAAAAGGAGCACAGUUGCUCCAGGACCAUAAAUCCCUUCCGAAAAGCUGCAUUCGUGCCAUACACUUAACAGGGUAGAUGCCUGGACCAGUUUUCUCGGUUGGGACACAGACGGAACCCUACACGAAUUAAAUGGGCUGCUUUGCACAACAGCUUAAGCCGCCAAAACAUAAAGCCAAAAUUAAUACUAGCUCAACUUAGCACGACCCACGAAUACUCCAGCAAGUUCUUCAUAGCCAGCCGCUAAGCGGAAAAGAGUAGCACCUGAAAUUUUCUGAAAAAACCCAGGUGCCAGGCGCAUACGCGCGUCUAGCAAGACGCCACGAGUGUGCGUUCUUUAUUGCUACUGCUGGCAAGCUUUAGUCGAAGUCUUGACAUUUAAUACACGACCGGGCUCCAGUCCUGUUUGCAGCACAAAGCUUAAUGGGAAAAGAGCUGCUUUCUGAAGACGGCAAGCGGCCAGCUACCCCGCGGAAGGAAACAACCACCGGCGGUAACCUUCAGGGAAUCCGAUUCCUCCUUCGAGGCUGCGGUGAUCGCUAAGCAAGGCUGAAAGGAAGGAGUGAGAAGGCGAACGAGGGAACGGCGGCUUCUUCGCGCGGAGGGAACUCGCGGGGCGAAUUCCCCGGGAGGGAGGGCGCGCGCUCCGACGGAGAGAGGCACCUGCCGCGAGGAGCGCCUCUUGCAGCGCGCGACGAGAGCGGGGCCUUUGCGUUGUCCCGGGCGUGAAUCGGAGGGCCGGCUUAUGAAGCCGGGCCGGUUGCAAAGGCGGGGUGAGGGGCAGGAGAAGGAGAGAGGCGGUGACCUCAGAGUCCGAUAAGGUUGGAGACAGCGGUGCAAACCGUGGUUUGUCCCCCUUUUAUGGGGGGAAGGCGAGACUAUAAACGGCGCAGUCCGCUGAGGGAAACCCGUCCCUCCUUUUUCCUUUGCUUGCUACGCCCAGCAGCCCUGCCGGUGGGGGACCAUGCAGAGGUCCCCUCUGGAGAAGGCGAACGUUUUCUCCAAACUGUUUUUCAGAUGGACAAAGCCUAUUUUGAAAAAGGGCUAUAGACAGCGCCUGGAAUUAUCAGACAUUUAUCAAAUUCCUGCUGCAGAUUCUGCUGAUAAUCUCUCUGAAAAAUUAGAAAGAGAAUGGGACAGAGAAUUGGCUUCCAAGAAAAAACCCAAACUCAUCAAUGCUCUUAGACGGUGUUUCUUCUGGAAAUUUAUGCUGUAUGGAAUAAUACUGUAUUUAGGGGAAGUUACUAAAUCCGUGCAGCCUCUUUUACUCGGAAGAAUAAUUGCUUCUUAUGAUCCUUCUAAUUCACUCGAACGAUCAAUAGCUUACUAUUUAGCCAUAGGACUCUGUCUUCUCUUCAUUGUACGAAUGUUGCUUCUCCACCCAGCAAUAUUUGGCCUUCAUCACAUUGGAAUGCAAAUAAGGAUAGCCAUGUUUAGCUUAAUUUAUAAAAAGAUUUUAAAACUGUCAAGCAGAGUCCUAGAUAACAUAAGUACUGGACAACUUGUUAGCCUCCUUUCAAACAAUCUGAACAAAUUUGAUGAAGGUCUGGCCUUGGCUCAUUUUGUAUGGAUUGCACCUUUACAAGUUAUGCUGCUGAUGGGGCUUCUUUGGGAGAUGUUGCAGGCAUCAGCAUUUUGUGGGCUUGGAUUCUUGAUUCUUGUCGUCCUUUUUCAAGCCUGGCUAGGACAAAUGAUGAUGAAAUACAGAGAUCAGCGAGCUGGAAAGAUCAACGAAAGACUUGUAAUUACCUCAGAAAUGAUAGAUAAUAUACAAUCAGUGAAGGCUUAUUGUUGGGAAGAUGCAAUGGAAAAUAUGGUUGAAAGUCUGCGACAAAGUGAACUGAAGCUGACCCGAAAAGCUGCAUAUGUGAGAUACUUCAAUAGUUCAGCUUUCUUCUUCUCUGGUUUUUUUGUGGUAUUUUUGGCUGUCCUUCCAUAUGCACUGAGCCAUGGAAUUAUUCUUAGAAAAAUAUUUACUACCAUAUCAUACUGCAUUGUUCUUCGAAUGACAGUCACUAGACAGUUCCCUUGGGCAGUGCAGACAUGGUAUGAUUCUCUUGGAGCAAUAAACAAGAUACAGGAUUUUUUGCAAAAAGAAGAAUACAAAACACUGGAAUAUAAUUUAACAACCACAGGCCUUGAACUGGAUAAAGUAACAGCUUUUUGGGAUGAGCCAGAUCGAAAGUGUGGCCAGAGCUGGAAAUAUGAGCCCACACUUGUGAGCAUUGCUCCUGCCUUCUAA